UCUUAUUUUAUUAGUCUGGUUUUUGGCGUAUUUUUGGUAUUUCAUUCAGAUGGAGAAUGAAAAACUUUAUGGCGUUGAAGAUGAACAGCCUGAAAUAGAUGUAAAAUUGCUUGGAGAAAUGUAUGGGCUUGGAAUAGAGGAAGCUUAUAAGAUGGCACUUUCAUUCUAUAGAGAUCAAGAAAAGAAUCGUUCAAUAGCUGUUGAUUAUCGUCACCGUUUAAAAUUUAUUGCACUAUCAAAGCAAGCAAAAUAUGGAACUUACAAAGAUGAUGGCAUUGAAUGUGGUUGGUUUGAUUUGGUUGGAAAUGAUGCGAGAAAAGUUUGGAAAACAUUUUCUUCAUUACCUGUUCUACAAGCAAUGUUAGAAUUUAUUCGUUUAUUGGAUGCUGUAUGUCCAACAUUUCGAAAUUCUUUGGAAAAUCAACAACAACAAAAACAUAAAAUUGAAAUGACUACAAAAAUGGCAAAUUUUGGAAAUGAUAAAAAUGUUGGAGGGGAAGGUGGUGGAAAUAGCAUCAAUGCAUAUUUAACAACAAAUAAAGGAAUGCUUCCAGACCCGCUUGAAUCAAAAGAAAUUUUGCAACAAUUUGAACAGCAAAGACAACAAAUUCAAGAAGCAUUAAAUAAACAAACAUAUCAUCAAUUUUUGGCAUAUGCACAACAAACACAUCCUGGAGAACCUGAAAAGCAAGAACACUUAAUUUCUCAACUACAAGAACAACAUUAUCAACAAUACAUGUCACAAGUUUAUGCCCAAGCCCAAGCAGCUUCACAGGCUACUUCAAAUGGAGGUUUAAAUUCAAAUUUUGUAUCGGAUUUGGAAGCUGCCCUUCCUUCUAAAACAACUGGAAAAGCAGCGAAAAAUUCGCCUAAACCAAAAAUUAAGAGUGUUAAUGAAGUUGGAGAAGGAGAAGGUAGAGGAGGAGGUGAUUCUGAAGCGAGUGAUGAAGAUGAGGAGGAGGAAGAGGAUGAGGAAGACUUUACUAAUGGGGAAAUGCCUGCAAAUCCAAUUGUCGCUCCAGCCUCGGUUUGGACAAACAAAAAUUUGGCAGAAUUUAAAGAGGCUAUUAAAAAAGAAGGACCUGAAGGAAUUUUAAAAAUAGGACAUGGAGAAACUGUUACAGUUCGUGUGCCAACACAUCCUGAAGGAAAUUCGUUGUUCUGGGAGUUUUGUACAGAUUAUUAUGACAUUGGAUUCGGCGUUUAUUUUGAAUGGACGGUUGCUGAAACUAAUCAGGUAACAGUCCAUGUUGAUGAAAGUGGAGAUGAAUAUGAAGAGGAUGAAGCUGAGGCUAGUGGUGGUGAUGUUGAAAAGAAAGGAGGAGGUGAUGUUGAAGCUGAGGCGGCCAAAAAAGCUGUGGAUCCUAAUAAGCCUAGAAUUGAUGAAAUUAUUCCGACUUUUCGUAAAGACAGUCAUCAAGAAGUCUUUUUUGGUUCUCAUUUUUAUCCUGGACGAGGAAUUUAUUUGUUAAAGUUUGAUAAUUCUUAUUCUCUUUGGCGGUCGAAAACUCUCUAUUACCGUGUAUUUUACAGCAAAUAG